AUGACGGUUCAGCGUCUGGAGGAGUUUAGAUCGCGAUAUGGUUUUCGAGGUGAGUUGAUGGCGCCGGGACCCGAAGAUCGACCGUGGCUAGCUCCAGAGGGCUGGGUCACGCUUUAUGAGGCGUGGUUCAGUCUUUGUCAUCUCUGGUUCCCCCCUCCGAGGUUGUUGACGGACUACGUCCACCGGAGGGGUAUUGCUUUCUCGCAAAUUCUCCCUGCAGGAAUUCGGUUUAUGGUCGCAGCUCUGCUAUUCGGGAGCGAGGCUGGAGUCGACGUCGAUUGGCGUUUCUUCGAGGAGAUGACCAACGUCCAAAAGAACAACUCGAUCCCGGGCACGUACACCAUAAAAGCCAGGAAGGAUUGUUCCCUUGUUUAUCCUGUCAAUAGAACACCGAGCUGGGAGGCAUCGUUCUUCUAUGCGAAGGUGGAUGAGGCAUUGGUCGUCGAUACGACCAGGGAUUUUAGGAGCGAGUGGAGCAGGAGCAUCGAUCGAAACGUUCAGCUCGAAGCAUUCCCGGAGGACUAUCACGAGAAUCUUCAGAAGAUUAGGGCUGUUGGGAUACAACAUUGGCCCGAUAUACAUCGUCGAAGAGUCGAGGCUGCCAUCACUCGUAUCACGAAUGCUAGUUGGAGGAGGGAGAAUAACCUGCGAGAAAGAGCACUAGCAAUGGCUCCGAUUCAAGUCAACGCACCCAGCCUCGCUGCACGCUUGAAGGCCAAGAACAGCGGGAGUAAGGAUCGAGGUCCUUCUGCAUCUCGGCUUGCGCGCACAGAUCCGGUGCCGGCUCAAGGGGAGAUCGAGGUCGUUCCUCAGCGCGACGUAAAUCUCGAGGCUGCAGCAGAAGGUGAGGUCGAGGCUCAGAGUGCCGAAGACCAAGUGUCUACUCGACAAGUAGACGAUGGGGCCGAUGAAACCACGCGGAAGGAGGAAGCCGAGGCUGCUCGUCUCGCCGAGAAGAAGAAGGUCGCCGAGGCUAAGGCGAAAAGUAAAAAGAGGAAAUCUUCCGGGGAUGGUGACGACGGCGGUCAAGUUGGAGCGGAGGCUGCGAGCAAACGGCCUAGGGUUGAUCCAGCUGGCGAUGACAAAGCCAAGGAGAUCGACUGGAGCUUCAAGUUCGAAUACCCCGAGUCGAGUGAACCAUUUGUCAACAACGUCGACAAAUGUGCUGAGCUAUUCAGGAUGAUAAGAGGCUCCACUUCCGAGGUCCCCUCUGGAACCGAUGGGGCUUUCAAAGAUAUGGCGAGCUUCGCCUUCAAGUUCAUCGCGAGCUGCAACCGUGCGCGGGGUCAGUACAUGCGCUGGCUCCGGAAUGGUGCCGCUCGGCUAAAGGAUGCCCAGGCUGCUGGCGAAAAGGCAGUGAAAGAGCGUGACGCCGCCAUCGAGGAGCAAAUGGUCGCCGAGGACAAUUGGCAGACCAUGAAAAGGAAGGCGGAGCAGCUCGAUAUAGGGAUUAAAGAGCUAACCGACAAGAUCGAGGCGAUGAAGCAAGAGAACCUCGAUUUAGUGAAUAACCUGCAGAUCGUCAAUGAGGCCAAGAUCCAGGUCGAGAAGUCGAUCGCCACUGAGGUCGUCCGGGCACAGCGACAAGCUGAUGAGAGAAUCGAGGCGGAGACGCCAGAAUUUGGGCGGAUGCCGAGGCGAAGUAUUCCGGGGCAAGAGAUGUCUGAAGCAGAGUUGAGAGCCGAGCUGGAAUCGUCGAAGCGCGAUUGCGAACAGAAGCUCGAGAACCUCAGCUUCACGGACCUCGAGGAGGGCGACUUGCCUCCGGCUUAUCCCGAAACUCCAGAUGGUGGUUCGGAUCGAGAUGAUGCUGAGGAUGAAGAGAACCACGAGGGCGGCAAUGAGCCCGAAGAAUAG